AUGGCGACGAGAGCACCGCCCCGAGGCCUGGCGCCGAAUGCUUCCCUGCCGGCCAAGGUCCAGCCGAUUCCCCCCAACCAAACCCUCUACGUGACAAACUUGCCGUCGGCCAAGAUCCAGAAAGCCGACCUCCGGACGGGCCUCUACAUGCUCUUUUCCACCUAUGGCCACGUCCUCGACGUCGUGGCCCUCAAGACCAUGUCCAUGCGUGGACAGGCUCACAUCGUCUACCGCGAUGUGCAGACCUCGACUCAGGCCAUGAGGCACCUGGAUGGACAGGUGUUCCUGGGCCGCCCUCUCAAAAUCCAAUACGCCAAGUCCAAGUCACACUUCGUCGCCAAGCUGGACGGAACCUUCAAGAUCCCCAUCGCCUCGGGCGCCGCCAACGUCGAGCAGACCGAGCUGCAGAAGAGCAUCUUCGACGCCCCGCCCGCUGGGACAACUUCGGCAAAGCCUGCCGAUUCCGCCGAUCAGGUCAUGAAGGAUGCUGGAGAAGCGGAGAGCCGCGGUCAGAAGCGGACGCGCGACGAAGAGGACGACGAGAGCGAAGAGGAUGUGGCAAUGGAAGAGGAUAGUGAUGGUGAUGAAUGA